GCCGAAAUUGAUGUUUCCAAACUCGAUAUUCGGGUUGGGGUGAUCCAAAAGGCGUGGGUUCAUCCCGAAGCGGAUAAGCUUUUCUGUGAGGAAAUUGAUAUUGGUGAGGACGAGCCUCGGCAAAUUGCAUCCGGACUCCGAGCUCACUACAACUUAGAAGAUUUGGAAGGACAGCGCGUUCUCGUCCUGAGUAAUCUCAAAUCACGCAAGCUAGUAAAUUUUCCGUCUCACGGCAUGGUCAUGUGUGCCUCAAACGAUGAAGGA